GUACCUGAUUUUCUUCUUGUCUCUGCUUAAAACCUUCCGUCGAUCUUCUCGUUUUAAGUCACACCCACAAAUAUAACUCAAGUCCUCCUGACCUGGGUUCAAUGACUGAGAUAUCUGCUGGUAAUUCGCUUCCAUCAGAUCUGUUCACUCUACCAUACACCACUGCGCACCCACCUGACUCCCGCGCAGCAGACGAUCACAACCACCCCUCAUCCGCCGCUCCCCCUCCCGCCGCUGCAACAACAGCCACCGGCUCCAUCUCCAAAGGCAAUCGCAGGUCGCUUGCCGGUUUUGCUUUGGAAAAGACGUCAAACGUGCUCGCGAACCUCACCACCUCUUUGGCAACUAUCUCGACUCCUGCCCUGCGGACGAGUACUUCCCACGGGAGCCUGUCAAGACACUCGCACAAGUACUCUCAGGUUGGUAGUGCUUCGCUCUCGCCCGAUCGAGAGUCAAGCAACGAGGAGAUACCAACCCUGCCUCUUGUUAAAUCCCCAACAUCUGGUCUCAGUCGCCGUGGCACAGUGCGGCUGAUACCACAAGAGCCACUCCGUCUGGAUAAUUUGCAAAACAAGAUGCAUCAAACGUCGUCAAGGUUACUCCGCAUGACGGAGGAUGAGCGUCCUUUUACAAAAGACUUUAACGAUCUGUUUGCUACUCUAAUGGUGAGCUUAAAGUUGGAUACUCAUCGUGUGCGCUUCACUAGAUUUGAGCAUACUUUUACAUCCGAUGAAGCAAUCAACAAUCUGGGGUCGUUGAAAUUCUCACAGUCAAAUCGCAUGCCCGACCCCAAGGACCCAUCACGUAUUGUCACAACGACAACAACGACUACUUUCUCAAUGGCAAAGGAGAUGGCUCGAUCUGUAUGCCAGCGAUUCGCGGAUGCACGCUUCAUUGAGUCGGUGGAUGGACGAGGCAAUACUUUCUUUCCCAUGAAGGGCGGUCUAUAUCAACUAACUCCCAAGGGAAUCAACAUUUUGCAACGUUUUUGCCAGCGAAAUGGUAUUACUGCCAGGCAUGUUAUGGAAGUCUUGGAAUCUCCACGUAAUACCAUGCAGCUAGUUAACUUGGAACGUGAUUCUGAAACCGAUAAGCUGUCAACAGAUCGUGCAACUAUUGAGGUUAUUUUCCGCCGCUUUGCCGGUCAAGACGGUCCUAACAUCAAGACCUCCACUUCUACCUCAGACUCCGACUCACUCAGUGAUUAUUCUAAUGGUCUCGUUGGUGUCAAGAUGGCAAAAGAGAGGAAAAUCGCUGAUAAGUUCUUCGCCAAUACUUUCACCGGAAAAGCUGCUGUAGACUGGCUCAUGGAUUGUUCAACCACCAAUGACCGUCGGGAAACAUGCUUGAUCGCUGCUUUGUUCAUCAAACAUGGUCUUAUCACCUCCGUUCAAGAAGAUCGGCCCUAUGCUGCACAAGACCCCACUGCUGUCGAUUUCCAGCCCACCAAACAUGCUAUUUACACUGUAACUGAGCAUGGACAACGUGUUUGUGGAUGGAUCGCCCGUGAUAAGACUAAUUCCUCACAAUAUGACGGCCGAGGAGCGCGCGAUUCCAACAAUGCCCGUCUCAACCACAUUUUGCACGAUGCCGCUCUACGCCUGUUGUUCCGGGAAUUCCUUCGCUAUUCCUUGUGCGAGGAAAACUUGACUUUCUACCUGGAUGUUUCAGAGUUUACUUCGCACUACCACAGACUGGAGAAAUCCGGUGCUUUGAACAAGAUCGAAACCGUCCGAGAAACCCUUGCGGCCGCCUACGGUCUCUAUAAUGCUUUCUUGGCACCUGGAUCACCCUGUGAAUUGAACAUUGAGCAUGGCCUUCGAAACAGUCUCGCUAGCCGCAUGACGAAGGCCGUUGGAGAUGAUGAAUCCAUGCUCAAAAGCCUUCAGGAAGUGGUCGAUCUGUUUGAGUUGGCCCAGACUUCCGUCUUCAAGCUGAUGUCAAGUGACUCUGUCCCCAAAUUCGUCCGCGAUCCCAAGUACUCGGUUGUCCUUCAAGAACACGAGUUUGACCUCGGAACAAGCGGCCGCUCAUAUUCACCGACAUCUGCACCAGUUCCCGAACGAUCCCUGAGCCGAUCCGUGCGGACUUGAAACCUUUGAUUCUUCCUGCGGAAACAUUUCGACUCUCUGAUCAUUUCACGUCUUCCAGCCACCAUUUGUUAUUUACAGCGAUAAUUCGAUAGACAUGGUUGAACGAUUAUUCUUAAUUCCAUCUGGAAAAUCUCUGCUUAUCAUCGGAGUGCUUUCCAAAAGAGUUACGAUUUUCUUUUAUUUCUAUGGGUUACACGAUAGACGUGGGGAGGAGAACACUGGUUAUAUCCUUUUCUUUUCGUGUAUUUCUUCUGUUUUUGCGGGGACUCGAUCGAGAGUCGGUAUACGGAAAUACCUGCAUAUUUUUCUUUAUCAUCUCUCCCGUGAAGCAUUAAAUGGGCGUUGUCGUUGCGCAUAUCGGUCUGCGGGGUUUGCUACCAUUUUGAUAUCAAAUUUGCACAUUAUGCAUGUGGUUAUUUUUCUUGUUGCAUCAUACCGAAAGCAUUGUUCUUCCUCUUUACAUCAUUCUCGAUACACAAGUGUAUAGUGGGAGGCUGGUUCUGAUUCAUUUCAUUGUCUUCAUUGUUCACCACAAAGAAUUUUCGUUUGUCUCGUCAAUCUCUAAUACUUCAUGUACUCGCAUGGUUUGUCAUGUAUAAGUAUAUCCCAAUGAUAAUAUCAUGAGCAUGGACAUGAGUCA